AUGUCUAAUAUGGAGAUCGCCAUGAGUUAUCCAGCCUCUCGUUUUGAGGCCGAUAAUACUUUAACUAACCCUGUUGUGUUGGAAAAGUAUCAACUUGCUGCUGAUAUUGUGAAUGAUGUCCUUCCUUUGGUUGUGAGUAAGGUAGCCACUGGUGUUUCUGUUUGCGAUCUUUGUCAAUUUGGUGAUGAUCUUAUUGAGGCUCAUACAAAGAACAUGUACAAGUCCAGUGAAAGAGGUGUGGCUAUUCCUACUUGUGUUUCUGUCAACAACCUUGUUCAAUACUUUUCUCCUCUUGCUGAAAAUGAUAUGAGUCUAAAGCCUGGAGAUAUGGUAAAGAUUGAAUUGGGUGUACACAUUGAUGGUUAUAUCGCUACUGCUGCUCAUACCACGCUUGUCUCUCUUACACAAGAACCAGUGACUGGUAAGGCUGCUGAUGUGAUUGCCGCCACACACUUGGCUUAUGAAACUGCACUUCGUAUGCUUCGUCCCGGUAUUAAAGCCUCAGAAAUAACCCGUGUGAUUACUGAAAUUGCUGCUUAUUUCCGCUGUCAACCUGUUGAAGGCACUUACUCUUCUCCCAUGAAGCGUUUUGUGUUGCGUGCAGGCAAAGAUAUUGAAAACCGUUUCCUCGAAGAAUUGAUUGUUCAAGAUUUAGAUAAAUACGAUUUUGAAGUUGAAGCUAACCAAGUCUAUCAACUCAACAUUGUCUUGACAACAGGUGACGGCAAUGUCAAGAACACAGACUAUAAGCCCUUUGUGUACCAAAGAGAUGUCAAUGCAUCCUAUCAACUCAAGAUGAAGUCAGCUCGUCAAGCUUAUGCUGAAGUGAAUGCUAACCAUACUGUCUUUCCUUUUGCCACACGCGCAUUGUCUGGCAACACAGCUCGUCUUGGUUUGACUUCAUUAUUGCAACAUCAAUUGAUUACUUCUCAUCCUGUGAUGCGUACCAAGUUACCUUCAGAUUUAGUGGCUCAAUUCAAGGGCACUGUUUUGGUGACAGCCGAAGGACCUGUUCGUAACACACGCAACUUACAACUUCCCUAUGUUCAUUCUCAAUACUGCAUACCCCAAAAUACAACUGCUGCUACUGUUUUGAGUACUCCUGCUGUGAAAGAAAUUAGACAAGCUAAGCCUUUACCUGCUGUUGAAGUCAACUUUGGUGAACGUCGUGUUCAGAAGGAAGAUGUUGACAUGGCUAUGGAAGAGUAA